AUGGCGGCCGCUAGUGAAUUUCCAACAGAGCUAGCUACUCGACCACUUGGCCUUGUAGCGCUUAUAGGAUUGGAUAUACACAACAAACCUUUACAUAAAGCCAUCUGGGAGUCUUUUUCUGUGAACAGGCAUCCGGAAAGAGUUCCGCUGUCUUUUAGAUUGCUGUCAACUGACCACGAGUUUCCCAAAGCCAAGUCAAAGGUAGGUGGGAUCUGACUCUUGCCUACUCGUCGGAUUUUCUAUUGUACUGGGUUCGUUUUAAAGGUUUUUAAUCAGUAAUUUAUUCGUACGUAAUAUUUUAAUGGGGUUCGUAUGUAUAAGGAAAGGAGAAUACAUAUACAUAAGCCAAGACAAGACAAGACAAUAUUUUAUUUGAGGUCUUAUACCACCUGGUACAUCCACUGUUUUCCAAAUGAUAUUUAGGAGCUGCUUGCAUGUAGCCUCCCAUGCAGGUGUUUUUAGGGGAGCUCGUUUUUCAUCCCUCCCCACAAAUGCCUGCUCAACCAAAAACAACAUUCCCUUUCCCAUUGUUUUAUUUGCAUGGUAAGUGACCAAUCAACGGUUGUACAAUAAACUGUUGACAGGCUAAACGCGUCUAAAACGUGACCCUAGAGUUACCGUUUUGUUUCUUUUCUCUCCUUCCCUAAGGUUAUGCAGUGCAUGGAGUAAUCUAAAAAUUGACUAAAACUUAUUUUUGCCGCUCUGAAUCUAACAUUUACUAGAGGUCAGAAAGCUUUCCCAGUGUUUCUUGCAGAUCAAGUAAUCAUCAGAUUACCUUGCGGUCAAGGUCAACUUUCCAGAAAUUGGAAAGUACAAUGUGAUUGGCUAAGCAUAGGAAAGGAAUGUUGUGUUUGGUUGAGCAGGCAUUUGUGGGGAGGGAUGAAACACGAGCUGCCCUAAAAACACCUGCGUGGGAGGUUAGCUUGCAUGCGGUCAUUUCAUGUAAGAUGGCUCGAACUCUUAUAUUUGUAGGCACACCUUCCAUCUUUGAAUCUCUUAUACAUAAAGAAUUGAUCUUUAUUUCAAAACCGUUACAACACAUCUAUUACACACAGACUAAAGUUUAUUAUGAUAUUCUUGGUUUGCAACCAUGUGACAUGGCAGCCAUGUUGGUGAGGCCCUGCCAGGGUAGAUUCCAACAAGCAACAUGACCCAAAAAGUGGCGACAGAGGGUAAAAAGAAAUCGUGACAAGAGACAACCUCCCUCAGCCAAAAUUGCAACAGUGGUAACAGUAACAAUAAUACUUUAGUUAUCCUCUCCCCUUUUGGGGCUUUUCAGGGAUAAUUAAACAAAUGGAACAUAACAUGGUUAAAAAUCCCAACUGGUAGGAGGCGAACGAGUUGGCUAUUUACAAGCGUGGCUGUGGACUUGAUCUUGGGACUACUGAGAACAAAUCCAGCUAGCGGUCAGGGCAGGACUUGAACUCAGGACCUCCGAAUAACAAGUCCAGCGGUCUAACUGCUCGGCCACGCUGCCUCCUGCCAGAAAGAAAUUGACAGCAAAGCCAAGAAUAAGUGACAAAAAACGGUGGUUUGGUUAAUUUAUCACCAGUUUGAAUGCCAAGAAGAAGAGAUUUUCUUCAAUAUUCCUUGCUCUUCAGAGAACGUCUGUUGUCAGUGAGCUUCAGUGGACCCUCCUGUGAAUUGUCUUAUUCGUGAAUGGCGAUGUAUAGGUGUUCGAUACGCAAAAUGUUAACUGAGAAAUUGCAGAUCUGCAAUGGUUUCUUUACAGUGCAUCGCUAUCCCCCUUUUCUACAAUUCCAACAAAGACAAAGAAUUUUUGUUCAAUUUCUGACAGCAACAUGAAGCAUUUAUAAACACCGACAUUAGAAGUUUUAAAAUUCAGAUGAGCUGACAUGGCACCCUCCCCCCUCCCCCGGCAGGGCCUCAGUGGUGGUUAAUACAAUAAAAAAUAUUCAAAAGAAUUUACAUGGAGUUUCCAGGAGAUAGAAAUGUUCUUGUUUUUGACCUUCAACAUAGCAGCCAUGAUGUCCAGUGCAAACCAGCAAUUAUUUUUUGGACAAAUGAAAUAAAAUUUAAAAUUUAUGUAAAAAUGAUGCCACAAUUGUCUGAGCUCUAAAUCAAAUUUCAGCCCUUAUCAAUCAGCAUUUUCUUUGUAGAUGCUUUAUGCUAUGAAUACUUUGGGUGCUAGUCUUCUGUUGUGAAAAGUUUCACAAAAAUUUGUCAGAGGAUUUUCGAGAUAUGUUAGCAAUCUUUCCUCCCUUUAACCAUAAAUUUGCACAUUAUUACAUUUUCACUCACCAAGUAUGGCUCUGAGUAUAAAAGAAAAGACUGCUCAUGGUCUUACACCCAGUUCUUACAGCACCGCAACUCCUUUAUUAAACAACAGUAAUAAUGAUAAUUCUGUUAUUUACCGUCAGCAGUGUUUAUAGCACUAAUGCUAGUGGGGCCGAGCAAAUGCGUGAAACAAAUAAUUCAAAUUGAACUUAACAGGGUUAAGAAUCCCAACUGGCUGGAGGCAAACCAGCUGGCUCUUUACAAGCAUGGCCGAGGAUUUGAACUCUGGACUACUGUGAACAAAAUUUGUUCACAGUAGUCCAGAGUUCAGGGCAGGACUUGAACUUGUGGCCUCCAGACUGCAAGUCUGGUGCUCUAACCACUUGGCCACGCUGUCUCCUUGCUAACUGUAUAUUUUAUAAUAACCAAGAUUUAUUUCCAUUUUCCAGCGCUCCACAUAUGAAUGGUACAUACCGAAAGGCAUCUUGAAGACAAAAUGGAUGCACAAACAUCUUUACCUUUCCCCUGCUGUGGUGGUGAUGUUUUAUGAACUGGACUGGGAUGAUUCUCAGUGGAAAGAAAAACAAACUGAAUGUGCGUCAAAAUUGGAAAAAGUCAGGUACAGUGUUUUUUUGCUGUAUAUAUAGGCUUUAUUUCAGGCAGGUCCUUAAAUGAGAUACAUAAUAGAGAGGAGAAGUCGUUACGUCACGUUGCCAUAGUAGCAAAAUUUUUUGAUGACAAGUAACUAAUAAAGUCACUUAAAAGUCUAUUUGCACUACUUCAAACUUUACCGAUCUUAUUUAAUUUCAUUUAAUUUGGCAAAUCUUGGCAAAAUUUUCUUUGGGACCGUAUCUAUUGUUAUCUAAGUUUAGAAAAAGAAAGCGACAAUUUUUCUGUUGUGUCCACCUACUCAAUAAAGCGGGCUCAUGAAAUUAGGAAGUUUCAUGUUGUAGUGGUGCAAUGACGGCAAAGAAAUGUACAAAUAGCAUGAUGCACCUGCAAAGUCGUUGUUUGCCAAUAUAAACAUAUUAUUUUUUGCUGUUCUCCUUGCCAUUGCCACCAUCGUUGGUUUUGUUGUCAUCUAGAAGUAGUGCUACCAUGGUAACUUGACACCACACUAAUCUUGUCCUCUCUAUUGUAUACUUUGUCUUACGUUCAUUUUAAACGUCGGUACUGUCACCUGUCUCUUAAAAGACACCAGCUCCUGUAUAAAAUAUACAUCCCACUUAAACAGACAUCUAGAGUUGGUCCCUGCCCUUUGUGUACUUCUUCAAGUUGAAUCUCAAUAAGACGGAUGCCUCUCUAAGAAGGACAGACAGUGUGGGUCUCGAGGGCAUGAAAAAGGAAAAUGACCUUGGAAAGGAAAAGGGCCAAGGUCUUGGCAAAAUAUGCUUGCUACGACAAGGUCCAUCAUAAAACAUCGGCCUUUCAUUAUAAAUAUCGAGGUUCCACUGAAUAUAUACAAGUUGUAGGGCAAAAUGAAAUACAAGUUAAAAUGGUCUAAACCUAGUUUGAUUCUCAUCUUCCUUCAUUUCCUAACCUUAAUAAUCAUUUGCAAUAUCAUCAUGAAUAAUAAUUAUUAGUGCUAGGAAACUAGUAAAAGCCAAAGGUUAGGAAGUGCGGAUAAGAUGGAUGCAAACGCUUUUGCUCCAGUGCUGUGCCUUGCAUAAUGGAAGGUCAAAACAGGUGUGAUGAGAUUACAGGAGAUAGAACGAUCAAAUGAGUGCUGGAUACAUACACAUGCAACAUAUCUGUAACAGCAACCAGAAAAUUAGGAAACUAAUAAGAAUCAAACUAAUUUGAAACCAUUUUUUCCUGAAUUUCCUUUUGACCUGCGACAAAGACACCUCAAAGGCAGAUGUUGGGUGAGAAUUACUUGAAGAUAUCUGAUUGAAGAUAACAAAUGGAAAUGGUUGAAGGGAGCCAUAGGUGCUGUUUCACUGAAAGGCUGUCUAUAAUGAUGAUGAUGAUGAUGAUGAUGAUGAUGCUAUUUUGUGAAAAUAGUAUUAUGACUAAUAUCUCACAGUAUUUACCAUUCUCAGUUCACCUAUGUCCUCUUUCUUAACAGGAGCAGUCUACAGGACCAAAACACCAAGGUAGCUGUAGUGUUGAUCCAAAAGAAUGCACCUCUUCCACCAGGUAUAUAGCACAGCGAAUCACACAUGUACAGUCUAUGACUUCUGUUAGGCCAUUUGCUGCUAUAACCCAUUAAGUCUUUAGAGUAAUCAAGAUCAAUAAUUAUUUUCUUCUAUCAACAGGGAGCUUAAGCAAUUAUGAUGGCGUUGUCAACAAGAAUGCCAAAAAAGCAGUGGGUUUAGAUUGGCAAAACAACAACUCUGCACAUGCAUCAUGCUCUUUUUUACAUUUCUUUGCUGUCACUGCACGACUAUGUCAUGAAAAUGCCAAAAUUCCACGUUUUGUGGAGAAUGUGAACAUAAGACAACAACUUCAUUUUUCUUUUCCUGAACUUUGAUUCAGUCUUUUAGAAUUCAACUCCAGAAAAAAAUUGCCAACAAUUGAAGAACUGAAAGAGAUGGAAUGAAGCGUGAUAACGUUUGAAGCAGCGCAAAUUCACAUCAUUGUUGCUUAAGCUCCUUUAUAUCAAUACAGUGGAACCACUAUUCAGGGGACACCCUCAUGACUGAAGCAAGUGUCCCUUGAAUAGAAGUGCAUCCUUAAUGGAGGUUGGGUUUGUUAGUAAUAAACAGACAAAUUAACAUAUAAUUUUUCUUAUUCUGCCUCUGAGGCAGCUAGAUAAUGUAUAAACAAUCAUGAUAACGGCGUGCAAAGAAAGUGGUGUCCGAAAGCCUGGGGCUAGUGGAUUUUGCUAUUGGGCUAGUAAAUUCUGUUCUUAACUUGCCCAAUGGGCGAGUGAUUUUUUGCGGGGAAUUCAAAUUACAGAAGAAUUGCAAUCAAUCCUGCUCAUCAAUUUUUUUUCGGGCUAGUUAAAAUGACAUUCGGGCUAGUACAGCUUGCCCAAAUGGCAAGCUUUAAAACUGGCUUUCUUUGCACCCUGUGAUAAAUUUAUCUUUGCAAUAUUUUGUGUUGAAUUUCCACAAGUGCAGUGCAUUGAUUUAAGUGAGGUAGUUCAUGUUGUGAAAGAUGACAUCAUUGUGAUUAGUGUACACUUGAGGUUAUUAACUCUCUUUGUGGUCACUUGCUUUUAAGUGCUAAGGUGUCUCCUGAAUGGAGUUUAAACCUGGGUUUUGCAUUUUUAAAAUAAAGGACCUGAAUCUAACCAGCAGUAGAUCAAUAUAGUGUAUUAGGUGGUGAGAGGUCUCUGCAUUUUGGUUUCUGUGAAUGCUUUAUACUACAGGUGAUGAUAUGCAGGCUCUGGAAAGAGCAGCCACACUCUGCAGUGCUUGUGAUUUGUCUGCCAAGUCUCUGUUUGUUCUCCCACAUACAGAUCACUUGAUAGGAUAUACAAUCAGGUAUAAUAUAAUUGCAGAAUGAAACAACUUCACAAAUGAGUUUCUGUGUGGGUAAGUCCCGUCGUGUCUUUUCCAAAAUUGUUCCGUAUUGAAUUGUUUUGUGUGGUAACGCUACUAGCAAGAUCAGCAGAACCACUAUGAUGACAGAAACAAGAAAAAAAGCAAAAAAAAAAAAAAAAACUCUGAAUGUGCAGCACAUUUUUUGCCAGAUUUUUUUGUCAUCAUUGCAAGACUUACAUCGUCAAACUUGAUUGAAACAGCAGUGAGAUCAUCACCUCAUCAAUGAUGAUCGUCGUGACUUUGAUUUUGUUGGAAAUACCCAUAAAGAGACUCAUUUAUCCUCCAAGCUUGAAUAUCAGCUACCAAAUUUACGCCACCCCCCUCUCCCUUUACUUGACUUUAUAAUAUGCAUUCACCAGUUGUUAAUUCUACUCCUUAUCUAAUCAAAAAUAGUUAGGCCUUGUUUAUAUGGAGAAACGUUGUUCAGGGCAGGGCUCGAAAUUGCGACUCACUGGUCGCCAAUGCGACCAAAAAUUGAGCACUGGCGACUAAAUUUUCAGAACUGGUCGCCAGCUGGCGACUCGCGUUUUGUCCGAUGACUAAAGAAAACCACGACACAACUUUUGUUUUUAAAUCUUUAUAUUUGGAAAUCAAUCGGAUAUGGUAGCUAGUAUACAACUCACCUUUCCGUCCCCAGUAAAAUAAUGUCUGAAUAUUACAAGAUAAUCGAAAAAAUGGAAUGUAUUUCGACACGUCGAUACUGCGUUCAGGGCGCGCCAUAUUGUUUCAGCGGCUUCUUCCGAAACUGGGGUCGCAGGCGCACUUCAACAACAAAAAAUGGUGGCAGAUACGGUGCCUCCGUAACUCCCGCAACAUUUUAGGUUUUAUUUUCCUAAAACGUUCUGUCUAAAGGGAAACGAAGACCCAAAAACUGCACUAAGCCCAUUUUUGUUUCCUCCCGGUCGGAGACUGGUACGAGCAAUGUGGUUGUGUAGAGGCCUGGGCCAAGCAUGGCGUUGUUUGUCGGCAGCGAAAGGCGUUGAGGAAAGCAAGUCGAAAAUAUAGAACGGCAUUUCGUAGAAGUAGCAAAGGGCAAAUACACAAGGACCCGUGUUUGUCUCAGAAUGAAAACCACGGACUUAAAACGUUUUAUGCUUCGCUUCAUUUAAAAUGACUUUGGAGACAACCAUCACCUUCGGACCAGAGACAUAUCACCUGAGAACAACGGUAGCUUUAUAACUAAGUGUUACUCGUGUUGUUUCUAAUUGUUUUCGCUCUUCAGUUGUGACUUUUCUUGCAUGCAAAGUAACGUAUAAAAUCGUGUUCUUGUGUAAGUUAUAUAUAAAAUAAGUUGGCGACCAAAAUUUACGAUCUGGCGACCAAAAUUUUUCCGUUAGUCGCCAGCUGGCUCCCGAACGAAAAAGUUAAUUUCGAGCCCUGCAGGGCUAGAAGGGUCUUGCCCCUACCCAAGCUACCCAGGGUGAGCCAACUUUUCAUGGAUUUCCGUACAAAAUGUGUCAAGCUGUUUAAUUGAGAAAUUAAAAAACAAAAAGUUGGCACAGCUAAAAGGAUGACCCAUAUAGCCUGGUCACCCUUUUUCAAUUGGUAGGGUGGCUCUUCUUGCUUGGUUAACUUUCAUCCAUAUGAACACUUCCACUUGCCCAGCCAGAUCAACUCAGGCACAGGGUUUUCAUUAACAUUUUGAAGUACCAGAUGCAGAGGUUCAGCUGGGGGACUUGCAUCAUUCGUUCCACAGGUGCAAACAUUGAGUGCAGGAGGAGCAAACUUCUUGGGUGGUCCUAGGGCAUGCUCCCUUGGGAAAUUUUUAAAAUUGGACUCUCUAAAAUGCUAUUUACUGCAUUCCCUGGACAGGAAUUGGUUAACCAGGAAAAAUGCUCACAAAAAAAUGAAAUAAAUAAAUAAAUUUAAUCAGCGUGAAGUUGUUCAUUUUUUUAGUUGAUUCCAAACUGAAUUUCCAAUCUGAAAGAGUGUAUGAAUCCCUGAUGACAGAUGGUUUACGGAUAGUAUUUAAAAUGUCCAGUCCAGUCAUUGCAUUGACUCAUCAGAAAUUUCAGUUUACUGGCACUCUAUCAGUGAAAAUGUUUGAAAACUAAUUAUUUUGUGUGUGAACAAAGGGAUGUUACAUGUCAAACAACAUCACGUUGCAUCCAGCGUCCAGCCUGAAGCAAAACCUCGGCAGUCAAGACGAGACAAUCAGAGCAUGGGCAAGUGCUGUUGACAAAGGGGUCAACUUUUUUCUCACAUAGACCCUCGCUAAAGUCGACCCGGCUGGGAGGGUGACACUCUUUCUUGGGACGUUGCUUUGUAAUAAACAGGGCCUUAAACACUAAUUUUACAUGUACAGAAAAACUGAUGUAGUUGUUGUAAUGUUACGAAAAUAGUCUGUCACCAUUUCAUUUCUUUCAGGCUGGAAAAUGCUUUCUAUGACUUAGCACAAAGCUACUAUCAUGGAGAAUGCAGACGAGUUAAAGCCCAUAAGGUAAAUUUCACAAGCUAAAGCUCAGAAUUCUUUUCAAGAUUCUAUGCACUGUUUUAAACUUGUGUACACAUCUAUGGUGAUCACUUCUGCAUUUAAUUCAAUAUUGCAUAACUUAUAGAGUUAUAUUUCCAGUAAUCUUAUUCUUUUUAUCGAAGAAAAGAGAGAAAAAAUUUCAAUUCACUCAUGAUAAAUAUUAUUUUUAUUUAUCAUUUGUUUAAAUAAACUAUUUUUCUUUUAUAUUUCCUAGGAAUUUCUCAAUAAAGGAACCCAUCAGGUGAGAAGUUAUCAUUGCAGCUGGAAGUUGUAUGAUUUUUAAAUUAAGACUGACUGUUAAGAUGAUACAUGUACACUAAAGGAAUAUCUUGUUUUCCCCCAUGUUAUUCAUAUCGCAGCCAUAAGUCUGUAGUAUAUAAUUAGGUACCCAAGCAACCACACUGUUAAUACCACCCACUAACUAAACUGUACAAUUUUUCUGUGGUUUGUAUCACUGUUAGAUUAAAUAAAAACUACACACAUAAAGUCUUUAAAAAAGGCACUAGACAAACUUGCUGCUUUUAAAAGCACUACAGUUUUAUUGAAUUAGCUGGUUUCAGGAUGCCCUUGUCCCACUCUUGUCUGUAAUCAUGCUUGUAAAGGAAACAAUAUAAUUUUUAUAUUACUAUUGGACUCUACCUGCAUAUUUGUUCAUUUUUGAUUAGUCACUCAGUUGUCCAUUCAUUCCUGUUAGCAUUAUGUUUUAACAAGACAAACUCUUGCAUGGACAAUUUAAAAUUUGGAACUUUUUCUACAUAAGAUUUUAUCUUCUUUUACAAUACAUCGUUUUAUUUGUUACUGGUGUUAAGUUUGGGAAUGAAAUUAGCUCUUCUCUGUCUGCCAUUAAUAGUCUUUGCUAUUUUAUUCAGUUAUUAUUGGUACGGCACCAGUUUAAGAUUGCCUUCUUUAACGAACUGCGACAAGAUCCUCACUCUGCUAUAAAGUAAGUUUAACCAAGUCAACCUGUCUGAGAGAUUUAGCACCUGCACAACAGUCCUCCUGAUUUCAGCCUGAGUAAAAAUUAAUUACUUAAUAAUAACUUUAUGCAACAGCAAGCAGCUCACUUUGUUUCAGGUAACUACAAUAGGGAGUCAAGGGUAACAGACAUGAUCAGUACCACUGGAUGGCAGCAGUCCUUUGUAGAAUGAAGAGCAAUUGCUCAUCUGACUCUUAUGUACAAAAUUGUACACGGUGUCCAAGUGGCUGCCAUACAUGUCAUACUCCUCAUCUGUCAAUCUCAUUAAAACUGUUGUUGAUCUUCCUUUUUCCCUUGCAUAAUCCCUGAAUGAAACUUGUUACCUUUGACUUUACACAGUACUACAUCAGUUCAGUUAUUCAAAUUAUAUGGCCUGUCUCAGUUGGACAUCACUGAGAUCUUCAAUUCAAGUCAUUAUAACUACAUGUAAUGACGCUAACCACCCCUGUAUCUUUCAUCCCAUUGGGGAGAUUAUAUGGUAACAAUUUAAAUUCAUUCUUUGCACAACUUUGUUGUUGCACACAAACAAAACUAAUAAAGCAUUUUUGUAUUUCCAGACAUUAUCGGCAAGCAUAUGGGCUUCUAGGAGAACUCAAGACAAGUGACAUCAACAUGCUUGAAAUUAAAGUUGUUGCAGGGUUUGUAAAUUACAAGGUUUGUUAUCAUACAUGCACAGGAGAAGUUCUCAUCUUUAAGCUACAGACGAUUAAAAACAUAUAGUGUAGUAAGUUGUUUUACCGGUAAUAUCACUUCUUGAUUAAGCAAUGUAUAAAAGAAAACAAAAGUCAAAUACCCUCUCUCCUUCUGAGGCUUUUCAGGGUUAAUGAAACAAAUAAUUCAAAUGGAACUUACGGUGCGACUGGGAAAACCUUGAACACUUGAAAUAUUUCAGGAAUGUUUAUUGUGUUACGACCAAUCUCAGCAAAGAUCAGGACAUGCGAGCAAGCUACAAACCACAAACUAAUUAACAUUCUUGUUUGCAGUUUAGUUUUCUCAUGCCCAAUUGGCUUUUUUCUUGCACCACAAUAACAUUUCAGAAAUAUUUCUGGUGUUCAUGGUUUUCCCGGUUUGACUGUAAGACUGAAGUUUAGAAUCCAUCUGGAAGGAAGUGAACCAGUGGGUUAGUUUACAAGCAUCAGGGCUGCCAAUUUUUUUUUUUUUCUUGAAAGGACAUAAUGUCAUCCUAGCAAGACACCAUCUUGAAUGGACAAAACAAAAUUUUAGUUGGACAUCACCAAAAACAAGGUUGAACUUUGUAUCCUUAAAAUAUGAACAAAACAUCUCGCUACUUUUCAAAAAGCAUUAUGCUACCUUUCGGGAAAAGCAGAGAACAUGCUACACUGAUGUAAAAGAAGACUUCAUUACCCAAGUGAAUGUUGUCCAAACACAGGUUGGAUUUUGUCGAACACCAGCAAAAUCUUAGGUUGGCCAAUGUCCAAUGCCCAACUGUUAUUUGCAGCCGUGAUCAGCAUGGUCUAGGAUUUGAACCCGGAACUACUAAGAGCAGAUCCAGGUAGUGUUCAGGGGGGGACUUGAACUUAAGGACUCCACAUUACAGGUUCAGUGCUUUAACUGCUUGGCCCUGCUGUCUCCUGGUGUAAAGUGUACCUUAUUGGUACUUAAUUUUUUAGGUCUUUUAAUUUCACAUUUUUUGCGAUUGUAAAAAAAUUGCAAAAAUAAAUCCUUGUGAAAUUUAAUACCCAGAUAGAAAAUUCAAAUAACAGUUGAAAUGUAAUGGCAAUGAUAUGUAUCAACAAACACAAAUUGCUUUCUGCAUUUUGUAUCUUCCAUUGUGAAAGAUUUCACACAUUGCUUGUUCCAGUUUAUCUUAUUGUCUCAAAGGUUCAGACUAUCUACCAUAAAAAAAGAAAAUGAAGUUGAGAAUGCUUAAAUCACAAAAUUUAGUGCCCUUUUUUCAUGUUUACUAGUUAAAAUCGCAAAAAUUAAAUCCUGCGAAACACUGUCUCACCAAAAUCGUGAAAUUAAGUACCUGCGAAAUCAUGUACCAAUAUAAGGUAGUUUUUGACCACCAGUGAUGUUGUAUCCUGCAGAUCUGUCGUCUAAGUUUUCAAGCUUCAGCUCCAUUGGAUGCCAUAUCACAGUUCAGAAAACAUGUAGACUUAUUCAAGGAGAAAGUUGGCGCUGCAGAACUUGCAUUUGAACACUCAGCUUGGCUGUCCAAACAGUGAGUGUUUGAACUUUGUUUUAAUAUUAGCUUUGCAAGAUAUAUGUUGAAGAUUGACUCCGCAACAGCUUGCAUCCAUUAUAACUACAAGCCUAAUACAGUUUCUUUCCCAAACAACCCAUGAAAAGAUAAAAGCACAUUAUUAUUCAUUCAAAAUGCACACACCAUUUUUGGAUAUAUGCGUUGGCAUGCACACGUGGACACGCUUGCGCGUUUUCCUUUCUUAUUCAUCAGGGGCACCCAACGGCAAUUUUCGGGAAAAUAUCUGUUCGGAAGACGAUUUGAGAACUAGAAUUUUCGGAACAUUUGUUGUAAAAUUUCUUGCUUGCCUGCCUCUCCUAGGAUUUUCGAACAUCUACAAAAUGGUAUAAUUGCCCAUUUUUAACGGAUUUUUAACGUAAAAAGGUGACCUAGAAUUUUCUGGAGCCUUUUCCUGGCUGAAAUUUUCGAAAAGGUAAGUUUUGAUCCCUAUAAUUUUCGGAUCACUAGACUUUCAGCUAGGAAAUCCGAACAGAUGAAAAGUUUUUAGGGGAUAAAAAUAUGCCUAUAUCUACCGUUGAAAUACUAAAAUACGUUCAACAAUGCUAUGUUAAGUGGUUUUGAACUAUAUCCUCGUUGGGUACCCCUGAUUCAUGGCCAGUAGUUUUCUUAGUGUUUCAUUGUUUGGCUGAACAAAAGACUACUCUUUUCUAACUGAAAAGAAUGUCUGUUUCGCUACCAGAAUAUACACAUACGUUGAUCCUUCAGACGGAUCAAAGUUUAUUCAUCUGCCACUAAAACUAACAACAAAUAAGAACAAUAAGUAGACAAUAAGCUGGCUCAUACACCUUAAUCAGACGUGCUGAAAAUGCAUGCACACUCAGACGCAGACGCGUAUAUAUAUACAUGCAAAUUUUUGGACGGUUAUUUCUGAGCUGCACUGUACAUGUUUUUACUGCACUAACCUGGACUGCAACUAUGUUUUGUUCUGUUUUGCCCUUUAGAUUUAGUUUAUUUGGUGAGUUGUUCGAUGAAGCCAUUAGGAAUGGUUUGACAGCUUUGCAGGUGUGUUAAAUAUUCACAUAGUAAUAGGGGAGUGUACAUAUCCUAAACAGCGAUGGUAUGGUAAACGUCAAAAACCCAAUAAGUUUAAUAAGCAAAACAACAACUCUGCCUGUGCCUCAUAGUUUUUAGUAAAUUCCUUUUCCUCCACUUCGAGACUAUAACGAGAAUUUCACUAAUGCGAUGUUUUUUGAUGGACCUAAGUACAAGACAAUGACUUUUUUGUGAAAUUAGAUAUGGUUCUUCCGAAUUCAUCCCCUAGAAAAAUUUACCGAUAUUGCACAAAUUGUACAAAAUGGAAUAAUCAUGAUGAAGUUUGAAACAGUGUGAAUUCACUUUUUAAGUAAUCAUUCCACAGCUGUUGUUUUUAUGAUUGCAGAAACUCCCUAAUAAUAUCGGUGAGUUUGCAAUAAACAACUUUUGCUUGACAGUUUAACUUAUGUUAAUUCUGAUUACCAAAAUGUAAAUAUAUCUCAUUGCAGACCCAACAUCCAGGAUUUUACUACCAACAAGCAGCCAACAACGCUAUACUCAGGAGACAGCUGUGUCAAGGCUUGUGCCAUGUAAGUACUUACAUUCAUACUGUAGUAUAUUCUUUAUUUUCUUGGUGAAAAAUGGCUUUUUUAAUUGAAAAGUACAUUCAUCAUCAUCGUCAUCAACAUCGUCAUUAUUAGUAGUACAGUGGCUGUAGUAUUUUAAUUAUAAUAACAAUAAAAUAAUAAUGAUAAUAAAGUUUUGGAGGUAGCACAUCCACAAAGUGGUUCUUCGUCUACCUGAUUUCUGGCCGAAUUGGAAUUUGGAAAUGUUGGUUUUUGAGGUGAGGGGAAAACCCGAGUACCCGGAGAAAAACCUCUCGGAGCAAGGGAGAGAAGCAACAGCAAACUCAACCCAUAUAUGGAGUCGAAGCAGGGAUUUGAACCUGGGCCACAUUGGUGGGAGGUGAACGCUCUCACCAUUGCACCAUCCCUUGCUCUCCAAUAUUAUGAGUUACAUGAUUUCUCUUUAUUAGGAUAAUACAAUAAAAGCAGAAAUUAAAAAAUAAUAAUAAUGUAAACGGGACUAAACAUGUGUAGUUAAAUUUUUCAUUCAAUUUCAGACCACCACCCCACUGUCCAUGAAUCCUUUAGAGAAUGCUGGAAACCUGGAUUUUUUUGGCCAAAGACCAUGGAGACAGGGGUUUCAAGGUUUGUUUAGUUUUAAUUGGAAUGCAGUUAAAUUCUUUUGUGUAUCUCUAAGCUUCUUACACCUUAUCGUUUAACCAUUAGGUUUGUAUCCAGUCAUAAGCAUUGAAACAUACAUGUCAAUGUUGUGGCUUGAUUUUAUCCAUUGUUCAAUAUUUUUAAACUUAUUUUCAUUAACACCCUCCUUGAUCUCCAUAAUUCUUCCAAUAAAGUGUACCAAAUAAAGUAAAGGAAAAGAAAUAUGAAGCAGAGGCAAAAACGGAACCAUGAGAUAUAUUAAAUACACCUCUCAAGCUCUCCAGUUCUUUUUUCUUUUUUUUUUUUGUCAGGGAUGUUUAGGAGGCAAUGGUAAUAAUUAUAUUAUUUACAGCAUACACCAUUCACCGCAUUGCCUUUUUUAACCGCUUGACUUGCUGGUUGCUUGUAAUGUUAGUGUUCUAUAAAACAGAAAGGUCACGGGAAUUCCCGAGGGGAAGGGGGGGGGGGGUACUUCAGAUUUCAAGUGACAGGGAUGAUCGAGUGGGGGCAAAAAUCAAAACCCAAGAAGAUCCCUGGACCAAUAUUUAACCCCAAAAACAUCCCAUGCCGAAUUUCCGAGCCAUAAAAAUUUCCAGAAAGCAUUAAAUGGUAUAACACGAAAUAUAGAAACAUUAAUUUUGAAUACCCAAAAAAAUCCCUACUUAAAUCAAGCUGUCGCCCAAAAAAUACUUGCCAAAAUUUUCCUACCCAAAAAAGUCCCCAAAUCCAAAAUUUUAAACACAAAACCCCAGACAGGAAUUAAGGACAUGACCACUCAGGAGGAAUAUUAUUUUGAUAGUUCUCAUUACUAUUUUUAUGGGAAAUGUACAAGGCAGCAAAUGAGAAUUUCAGUUUUGAUGUUCUUUUUAUUACUAGGCACAGAACCACCAGAUGCAGCGAUAGAACAUGCUGGAAUAAUAGCACUGCAGGCUCAGGAAAUACAGGUGGAUCACUCUGUAAGUAAACUAAUGCAGCUGUGUGGUAACUCCUAAUAAGGUCAGGACUCAGAAGAUGGCAUGAAGCUGAACAGGGCUCAAAGUUAGCGACUAACUGGUCGCAUAUGCGACUGGAUUUUUGGUUGUGCGCCCAAAAAUUCAUGUGUAAUCGCACCUGUGCGCCGUAAAACCCAAAGCACAGUGCGACUGACUUACUUCCGACUAUACUUACGAACUCGAACUAGAAAGACGGUGUAUGUUUAAUUGGUCUUUUAUCCUAAUGGAUUCUACGAACGUUUCGAUGUUUUACUCCAUCCCAGACUCUUCUGUUUUGUAAUAAACACCGCUGACACAUGCAAAUAUAUGCUACGAACGAAACACGUACUUUUUUCCCAAUGGACGAUCAUGUCGAACGUUCAGUUUUAACGUCAAUCAAAACAAAAACAGUGCGGAUUAAGAGCCUUUUUCUCCAGGGAAGAAAGUUUUUUCAGUCGUAUUCCAGUUACAUGUAAGUCAUUGCGCAUGUAACAAAUUCAUUAAAGAUUAAUUUUCAUUCUCGUUCGACACACUCAUUGUUGUCAGUUUUGAAUUGUUUUUCAAUUGUAAGUUUUCUUUAGUCACAACUGUACUGUCAAUAAGAGAAAUUAGUAUUAAAAAUCAAAACGGUAGUAUUACUGCGUAGCAAAUCGGCUGUGUUUUAUCAAUCACAGGACUGAAGUGAAAGUAACAAACUGAAGAUGACAAAUAAACGUGGCACUGUUAAGCUUUUUACUUUUUCUUUUGAAAUAGAUGCUCCCAACGUUAUAAGCUGUGCUCCUAAAAUUUUCAGCUGUGCGCCUAAAAAUUUACAUCUGGUAGCAUAACUGCUCCCAACCUGAAAUUUAAACUUUUAGCCCUGAAGUCGCUGGGCAAAUCACUGUGUGUGUACUGGUCGGGUGCUAAGUUGCACGACACGGUGCAACGACAAAUCGCUUUGUGUGUGUACUGGAGAAUUUUUGUGGAAAUCUUGUCUCAGCAACAGAAUUUUGUUGCCGCCACAAGUCAAACAAAUUCAGUCUGAUCUGAUUUUGUAUGACUUGUUGCAAGACAUAAUUCUGUUACAGUGAUAAAACUUUUCACAAAAAUUCUCCAGUACACACAAAACAAUUGGUUGCUGCGAUGUGUUGCUGCAACUUGUUGCCUGGUGUGUUCCAGCUUUUAUUAGCCUGUUCAAGAUCCGUACUUUCUUCUGUAGACUGACUUUAUCUCUUGGAUUUUUUUGUUGUAGUGGAUCAUAAUUCCUCUUCUUAGCAGUGCAGUGGCUCAAUUCAAAAAAUACAAGUCUCCCAGGAUGAAAAGAUAUCUCAGUAAGUGUUUGACAUAGUAAAAAAAGCACAUAAUUUGACCAUAUUUAGCACAAAAGUACUAAUUGUGGACACUAUUUUUGCGUCUCCAACUGGAGACUGGACUGCCAUUUUAUGUGAUCAUCCAAGCCACGCAAAGGUCUAGCUGCGUGCAUUGCAAAGGGGGUAUCUUCAUUUCUCAGUUAUUUUUUAACGCCUUGUGUAUUGGUCCAGCCUCAGGAAUCGAACCCACAACCCCUCGCCAUGCAGUCCACCUCUCUACCAGCUGAGCUAAUCCUGCCGCAGAAAGAAAGAAAAGUUUAUCAGACUGGAAAUGUUUACUAUGUAACUUUCUGUGGGUGCCUAUUUAGACUGUUGAAAACCUUACAUGUACCUGUAUGUUUUGUUAUGCUUAACUUAUUUUUGUUUGUAAUUGUCUUUGUUUGCUGUUGUCUACGAUAAAAUUAUUAAUUCUGUUGCUACUGUUCUGAGGUCAAAAGUUAUCUUUACGUAUUAAAGGACAUAAAAAUCGCGAAAUUAAAUCCUCGCAAAAUAUGACUAAUGAUUUUUUGCCUCACAAAAUUAAGUGAGAAUAAGGUGCACAUUCAAACAGGUUACCAGGUAUUUACCUUCUCUUAGUACAUGCAUUUAUUCUUUAAAUUUUUGUUAGUGGUCCAGAUGGGUGAGGAAUACUAUCAUGCCAGAGACUUCAGCAAAGCUUUAAUGUAAGUUAAGUUCACAUGGAGUUUUCGUUAUGAUAAUGGUUUGUACAAUCUUCAAUAAGUCUUGAAUUUCACUAGUUGCUCUUGAAAAGUACUUAAAUUCGGUUUAGGUCCUUAAAAAGUACUUGAUUUCUUUAUUAGGUCUUGAAAAGUCCUUGAAAUUCACAUCCUUGUCCAAGCCAGGCACCUUUUUCUGUAAAAUUAGAUUAUUUUGCCGAGGAAAACUUGACUCAUCCUCGGUCUAAAAACCUGUAAAACUUUUGGGUAGUGUAACAACAUUUUUGUACGUGAACAAUAGUUUAUUUCUGUUUCUUUAUUUCAAAUGCUAUUUCUGUACCUCAAAUGCAAUUAAAGAAUGCCGAUUUAUUAAAUAAAUCUUUGUCCUUGAGAACUGUAAUUUGUCCUUGAAAAAUCCUUGAAAAGUCCGUGAAAUUUCUUUGUCUGAAGUUGUGCGAACCAUGAAUUGAUGUAAGGCUUUAUUUUACAGUCAACUCCUUCUAAAACAGACACCACCGACAUCGGCACUACAUGUUAUCAUUCAUCUUGUUAUCAUCCAAUUAUUUUAAUUUUGACCAACAGGGACCAUCCAGGGCUAUCACUAUUAAAUUGCUGAGGGCAAGAGAUUUCCCUCAGCUAUGUUCAUAGGAAACAAUUAAGAAAAAUAGAACCAAUUAAAUUCCUAGCUGUUCAAUUCCCCCGCCUACUAAUUGCAUACACCCACUACGGCAGCAACUUCAAGUCUAGUCAAUUAACAGCCCUGGAUCAUCUCUAGGCAUCCAGUUUAGGGUGAACUCCAUAGAGAUACUGUGUAACUGUAAUCUUUCUACUUCAAUAUUUUAAAUGGGCAUUUAUGUCAUAACAUUUUCUUGCUGUAACAAUCGGACAAGUGCAUAUUACAGAAAGUCUCUGUUGCCCAACCCUUAAUGUCUUGACCAGUAAGAUAUUUGACAUCUCAGGCUGUCAUUUUGUACGGUGAAUUUUUACAGUUUCUUAGUUUUGUGAACAGACUAUAAUUUGAUACGAUUUAUUAUUUUUUAAGAUUUAGUUCACCUGUCAGAUCUUCCAAGUCAUGUACAGAACUUAUAUUAAGCAGUUAAAAAAUUCAGGCUUGAACUUUCAAGCCUGAAUUACAGUCACAGUGUGGUUUGUGUGUGGACUUGUAUCUUUCAGUAACUGUGAUUUAUUUUUGGUGUUUCAGGUUGUUGAGUAGAGUGAAGUGGGAUUACUGCAGAGAAAAAUGGUGGUCGCUUCUUACCUCAGUCUUAAUAACAUCCUUACGGUAUGUUUCAUGCACAGCUAGAAUCCUCUAUAAGUCCCCGUUUGGUGACAUGUGGUAUCUUACUUUUUCAAUCAAAUUUUAAUUGCUAGGUGGUGGGGUACAGAAGAAACGUGUGUGGAAGAACCUAGAUUUUAAGAACCUUUUAGGCUAAGAUUGUCCAUUUAGACCCCUUUUACAUAAGAACCUGUUUUAGCCUACAAUUUUGAAACAGGUUCUUAUUGUGAGAAAUUCAGUACCAUGUUUGGCCCAGCAACAACACAGUACCGUGUUUAAUGUUGUUUUUGUUCUGUUUAACUUGUAUAGCUUCGUAUAAACUUCAUAAACAGCUUUAACAUGCUUGGAUUACAGGGAUUUUUAUAACAUAUUAUACGUGCAAUACCAAACAUAGGUCUAAAAUAGGCCACACCCACCACACGAUCUGACGUUAAGUAAUGACGUAUGUUAGUCGCGCACGAUAGUUGUAAGCAAAAAUCGUACCGUCUAAAUAGGCCUCUACCCUACAAUAGCUUGGAAAAACCUACAAUCGGCGACAAAAUUGUUGAGAUAUUGUACGUAAAUAGGGUAACAUCGGAGAACAAAAGAAUCCGCACCCCUCCCCUGUCCCCUCCAUUCAAAGUUGGGGUGUUUGUUGUUUUCUAUAGGUAGCUAGAACAAAGGCACAACAUUGCACGGAGGGGAUGGGGGAGGAAAGCUAUAUUUCCUCCUUUUGAAGUCCAUAAAACGUAAAAAAGCCCAGUUUUGGGCGAAGUGUCUCAACUCAUUUUGUCGUCGAUUGUAGGUUGUUAUACGCGGAUUUUAACCGUAUUUGAUUUGCGGAAACACCGUGUACUUAGAACUAAAGAAUGAGAAAAAGAACAGUAAAGGUCAGGUACUCUGUAUUCUUUGGACAAGGAAAGUGACUGUUUGGUAUGGUACAGUGGCAGAUCUAGGGGAGAGGUCCCAGGGGAGAGGCCCCAGGGGAGGGGGGCUUGGCCUCCACCUUAUUUCUAGGCCAAACUGAGGGCCACUAAAAUAUAUUUUCAAGGUUGUCCCCUUUAUCUUGGGGACUGGAAGAGCAGACUCCCCACUUACUUUCAGAUCUGAAUCCGCUACUGUGGUAGUUGCAAUUAGUCCAUAUCAUACAAAAUAAUAAUAUUGAAAGACUCAAUAAUAUGAACAUGUCAGAGUAUGGACUUGGUGUAUCAGGAUCAGUAAUAAAUUAUUAUUAUUAAUGCAGACUAUCCCUUUGUUUAAGCUGCAGGUAAUUAUCAUGUGUACGUUUUGAUUUCAGAUGUGCUUACUUGGUUGGAAACAUCCAAGAAUAUGUUACCCUUUCACUGGAGUUAAUGGGAAGAUGUAUCUUUUUAAAAUGAUCAUUCUGUUUUCUUUUAAUUGAAGGUACUUACAAUAUUACUGUGUCUGGGAACCUCUCUUACUGUCAGUGAAACUCAGAAAACCGUGAACACCAGAAAUAUUUCUGGAAAUGACUUGUUUUUCUGAUCCAAGGAAGUUUUAGCUAAUCAGUCAUGGGAAAGAAAGCAAUUAUUAGCACAUUCGGUUAGCAUGCGGCCUUUUGUGCGAGAGGUCUUGAGUUCGAUCCCAAUUCGUGACCUCAAAACCUUUAUUAACUUCUUUCCUUUCCAUGUAGCUUUAUGUAGCUUUAAAUACCCGUAAAAUGGUGGAGAAAGGGUAAAAUGAACACACUGUCGGUCUCAGGUGUUGUUACGAGUUACGGACAUGAAGUAAGGAGCUUUAGCUUUUACCUUCAUGGUAAUUUGUUUGUAGGUUUUUUUCAUUUUUUUUAGUCACUACACAGUCAACAUUCCUGACAUGUUUCAAGUGUUCAUGGUUUUCUUAGUUUUGAUGGUAAGAGAAGCUGCCCAAGUUCCUUUUUAUUGAUAGGUUCAGUAAAAUAUGUAUACUGACAUACUUGGUACUCUCGGAUUAAUAAAUAAGGCUUGUGUUUGUGGUUGUCUUAAGGUUCUCAUUGGAAUGUUAAUAUUAAACACAUUUACCAGAGAGGAUUACAGUGUACUGCAUAUCUCUAAUCUUCUCAUGUGCCCCUUGACUAAAAUGACAACCAGAUGCCGAGAAUUCACCAGAGGAGAAAACAAGAUGUCAGACAAACCUCAUUCAAGUCAUGUCGGUAAGGGAAACAUUUUCACUCCAAACUCCUUGCAACAGUGAUUUUACUCUCUGAAGUCCUAGAUUUCACACUGUCACUAGUAACAGGAUUUUUGCUGGAAAAAAUUUUCAUUGGUAGCCUCCUUGUGACUUGAAAGACAUUCACAAGAGAACUUGCUGAUAGAAAAAAAUGUCCAGCUGUAUAAUAGUUAGCAACAGGUGGGUUUGGCUUGUUGCGUGAUAUCAGGAAUUAUCCCACUUGGCCUUCUCAAAGGGGAUUACUAAUCUUAGUCAAAAACCACUGAGAUACGUAUAAUUAACAAUUAUUCCACGAGGGCGCGUUGGAUAUGAGAUGAUAGAUAGCCAACGAGGCGCAUAGCGCCGAGUUGGCUAUAAUCAUUUCAUAUCCAACAAGCCCGAGUGGAAUAAUUGUUUUAUUAAAAACGCCCACAAAAUCUCGUUGAAUCGCCCCGACCAGAACAAACCGGAAAAGACAAGAGACUUCUGCUAUUGACAUGUCACACGUCUAUCAAAACUGUCAACGCGCGAACCGGGCUCGCCUAGACUGCAUGAAUGAAAAAUCAAAACAUUGUGCGAUGAACAUUAGUUUUUUAAAAACUCAUCGUGAUUCUAGGAUUUUACACAGCAGAACAGCUUAAAAAACCUGGCAGAUAAUGUGAAGGAAAGGAAUUUUUAAGUGACAGCCGUCGAAAUUACUAUGAAUUUGGAUUUUCGGUGCAGUUAUAAAAGUAAGAACAACGGAGAAAAAUUACCGGUAUACCUCGGUCGCUUGUUAUGAAGUUGUUUGAAUCCACAAGCUGGUUUUGCUGAACGAGAAAAGAAGCUAUACUGCCGCCUCGAUUGCUCUAGUGAAUGGCAGCAUAGCCUGUAUUUGUAGCUGGUUACUUGUGAUUUAUAUUCUUGAUGUCGGAUAAAGAAGCUGCAGUUAUCUAUCGGCGAGUUACUCGAUCGGCGAAUGGCUUCGCCAUCAUGAAGAAACAACACUUGUCUUCUUUCGUAGCUGGUCAAGGUACUUUAGUUCCAUGUGUUUUCAUGUGUUUUUCGACAAACUUUCAAACAAGCUCUUGUGGCUUUUUUGUUUGUUUUUGUCUUUUUUCUUUCGUUGAAAUUGCAUUUCUAGUAUUCUAAGAAAUGGAUUAAAACGAUUUGCUUCGGGCGCCGUUCUAUCCUUCGCGAAAAAAAAUCUCAGCUAGCUUCCAAUUUUAAACUGACGCAUACACCGAACAUAUAUGGAGAACAUGGUAUAUUAGCUCAUAUACCAUAACGGCUAAGCCAAUCAAAAUGCUAGAAUUGCAUUAUCCAAUGAUUCAGUUUUUAAUAAUUCUAAAUAUCAUACGAACAACUGAUUCCAAUAAUUGUUACAAUUAUUAUUCAGGUGGUGAUGAGGAAUUAGCCACGGGAUGUAAGCCAAUCAGUUACUGAGAAACAUCGUGAAUGAAUAAUAAUUUAUCAGUAUUAUUUCUCUCAUAAACAGAACGAGAGUCCGGAACCUGAGCCAGGCUGUGAUUUUGAAGCAGUGGAGGAAGCUAAAGAACUGUGGAAAACACUGAAAGCAUCAGCACAGUCCCCCCAGGUGUUUACAAUACAGAUGGAACAAAUUGCUCCUUUUGGUGAGUCGGUAACCUGUGCUUUGCCAGCCAUCUUAAUGACAUCUCCUUGAAGAACUCUUAGUAAUGUACCAUCAGGGAGCUUAAGCAACCACUCCGGCGACGUCUUCGAGAACGGCAAAAAAAAGCCACAGGCUUAGAUCGGCAAAACAACAACUUUGCACGUGCAUCACGCUUCUUUGUACAUUUCUUUGCUGUCAUUGCACGGCUACGACGUGAAAAUGCCUAUUUUCACGUUUUGUGGAGGACGAGAACACAACAUAACGACUUUCUUUUUAUUUUCCUGACCUUCGAUAAGUCUGUUAGAAUUCAACCCCAGAAAAAAUGGCCAAUAUUUGACGAAUUGAACAAGAUGGAAUGAGCGCGAUAAAGUGUGAAGCAGUGCGACUUCACUUUUUAAUUGACGUUUUCGUAGCCGUCGCCGUCGCUGUUGCUUAAAGCUCCCUAAUAUCGGCGGGGUGGGGGCUUAUAAUCGGAUAUAUAUAUUUUUUGUUUACAGGUCUAUGAGCCUAUAACGGGGGCUCUUUUAAUUGGAUGAGCUUAUAAGCGACAGUUCGCGGUAUUUUAGCAGAUGGGUUUAACCCCAAAGCUCUCGUGUUUUCUACAUUCUAUGUGAUACAUUAAAUUGAUUAGAUCUUUAUUUUUAGUUGAAUGCAAGGCUGUCUUUGGUUCAACUGUGACUACUGCAGACUCUACAAUCCUUCUGCAAAUCUACUUGAGGUAUGUGUCAUUUAAGAAAAUAGAAAUUGCCAUUAUGUGUACUAACAUCUCGAGUCAAUGAAGAUGUGGAAGUGCAUAAAAAAAUGAAACAAAAAGCUAUGAAGGCUUGUUUCUUUGUUAUUUAGCUGGUUAACUGUUUCCGUCCUGGUAGAGAUUUAAGUCAAAAUUGGUCAAAACUUUGAAAUUUCAUUCUGUAAGCUGCUAAAAUGGAAAUAGUGCCAUGUGAAAAUACUGAUGAAGACGUUCCAUUUGGAUGGUAACACCACAGGAUUUCAUCCACAGACUCAAAAGUUAGAACUACAUACUAAAGAAAUAAAAACAUGUGAAAGUACUGCUGAAGAGGUCAUAUUUGAAUGGUAACACUAUGGAUUUCAUCCACAGACUCAAAAGUUAGAAGUGUGUACUAAGUAAAUAUUAACGUGUCAAAGAAUUGCUGAAGAGGUCUCAUUUGAAUGUUAACUCGACAGGAAUUGACUGUGUAGCACGCGUUUCUGCUAAGUUCUUAUUUUUCGCUCUCGUCCCCUUUUAUGUCUUUUAUCGAUUCCGAACUUGCGCGGAAACGCUUUCUACACACGCUACUUAAUUUUCUGUUUGGUAAAAUAAAACGAGAGAGGGUUUUUAGCCCUGCAUCUCUCUUUUAAUUUAACUUAUUGCUUACUUUUCUGUUUUCAGAGUAACCUGUCCUUUUCCAAUUCGUUUUUCAAAGCUCGCCGUUUUUUUCAGUAAUCAGGUAAUCGAAUGUAACAUAUCUCCAGUUAAAGAAAUGUUAUGGACAAAUUUUGAGGUUGACAUGAGACUGGGUUUGUACAUGUAGAGAACAAGAAAAUUCAACAGCAUUGUCCCGAAUAUCUGGAAUGUCUUUAUGGAUUUAACCAAGGAUGGUUCGGAUUUAACCCGGAUAAAAGCACUAACUCAGCGUGCAAAUAAAGUAGUGUCCGAUACCCGGGGCUAGUGGAUUUUGCUAUCGGGCUAGUGAAUUCUGUUUUUAACUUGCCCGACUGGCAAGUGAUGUUUUUUGAGGAAUUUGAAUAACAUAAGAACUGUGAAAUCAAUUUUGAAAUGACGUCUGGGCUAGUAAAUGCUAGCUUCAGCUUGCCCGAAAGGUAAGCUGUAAAAAUGAUUUUCUUUGCACCCUGACUAACACACGCCAUUGCUAACUCGUGCACACAUUUAUAUUCUAACCAUCGUAACAGUCAGAGCCCAUGCUCGAUUAUACAAACAUGGGGGUGGGGACGGUAAACCUAAAUGUUUACAUAUCCUACAAUAUCCUUCCCUUUGGCUUUUAUGUGGACUAUCCCCUGACAUUGUGUUUUGCAGUCAAAAACUUAGUAUACUUUCUAAGUAAUAUUAAAAACAAACUCGUAAGUGAAAGAAAUUUUCACAUAUUCAAAGGCAUGUCCAAUGCUACCGAAACUUCAAGAUGGCCACAUACCAACUUUUUUAAACACUAGAAGCGUAGCUCAUGUAUUAAAUCCACUAGUGUGGUAAAUAUUAACCAACUUGAAGCGUUCGUAGAUAAAAAGUGGCAAUCGCCACUUUAGGGCCUGUUUACGUGGAGGUGGGGGACCCCAGGUAGGUGAGGUAACCCGCUUAGGUGGGGUAACCUGCCUGUCCAUAUAAUCUCUCAUAUGGUCACCCCACCUAUCAUCUAAACGCGAUCGAAUUAGUGAUAUAGGAGAUUAUAUGGACUGGUAGGUUACCCCACCUAAGAGGGUUACCUCACUUCCCUGGGGUUCCCCAGCUCCAAGUGAACAUGCCCUAAGAAACGAGAAGGAAACUGGGGCGAGUUAACUUUCGCAAAGACUUUUGGGACUGUUAGUAGGGACGGGAAAAAAUGCCCAAUAGCUGACCGGUGCGUCACCAGUAACGAUCCCAGAAACAAUUGCGGGACACAUUGUAGCUCCAGUUCCCUUCUCGUUUCUAAAGUGGGGCAUCUUUAUUUACCACUUACAAAAGUUAAACAUAUCUCUACCUUCUUCCUUUUGUCCUUUACAGUUCUAUAACCAGCAGUGUGUGGUGGAGUCCGGCCUAACUCAAGGAGAGGGAGGAUUGUAUCUAUUGCCUGCAAAAACAAAAGUUAUUCCUUUCAUGCUUGUUCCACAACCAGAAGAUGUUGGAAAACAGUUACAGGUAUAGUCCUCCUAUCUAGCGUUUGUUUGGUUGUCACGCAAUAACAAGUCAUCGUGACAUCGAUGUCACGCUUGUUGCCUGCGUACCCAAGUAACAGCUGCCAAGAAAGAGGAAGAAUUGUAUCUAUUGCCCGCAAAAACAAUGUCAAUGUCAACAUCGUGACGUCGAUGUCACGCUUGAGGAUAAGGGUGUUAUGUGAUUGCCCAAGUAACAGCUGCGUAGAGGCCCAGAGGGGGGUUUUGGUUGAGGGUUAAAUAAUAGUAAGUAAUAGUGGCUCAAAUUUUAACUCAAUUAUCAGCAGCUGUGAAAUGGCUGAAAGUCGGAAAGUAGAUACCGGAAAAAAUGUAUGAGGUCGGGUUAAAUAUUAAGAAUUUCCAAAGUGAGUCAUCUUAGAUGUUUGUAUUUAAUCUUUAAAAGAGUAAGAAUGCAUAAUAUCAUAAAAUAAUUCAAGACAUUUUUCUUUGAAUGAGAGCAGUCCCUUUCUCUGCUCUAAAAUGCCUGGGCCAUCGCGUUCGAUCGUCAGCCUCCAUUUUGGUGGUGAGAGGAAUAAUCUGCCGUGGCUUUGGGACAUGGCUACCAAUCGUUCCCUUUGUUGUCAUGGCAGCGUGAAUUCCCUAAUAUAAUAUGUUGGUUUUGUUUUGUUGCCAGGUAACCUCUGUGGCGCUGGAGCUGGGUUCCCCUGAUUCUCGGUGUGCUGUGCUGGUCUGGAGUGGAGGGGGAGGGGAGGGUGCUUCCACUCAUCACUCCUUUGUGUCUUAUGGAUUGAAAUCAGCCUCUAAGGAGGACCAGCUAGAUUGGGAUGAUCUGCGGAUUGUCUCUAAAAUCAAGUAAGUCUUUUAAAAGAGGCUCUGUCACGGGUGUCUGGUUCGUGUUGUUAAAAAGGUUAAAGGUUUGCUUAAGGGGCCGAUCCAGGGGGGGGGGGCCUCCGCCCCCCUAUUUUUAGACCAAACUGGGGCUCGAAGGGCCGAAAAAAAUGGCCUAUUUUUUUGGGCUCAAACAGACUGAAGGCCAGCAGAUCAUUACGGAGUUGAAGCGGCGUUUUUGAGCGACGCAUGUCAACCGGAAGUGGACUUUCUGAACUCCUCGGUCGUGAUUUUGAAUAAAUUCUUGGGCAAAUCGUCUCUCCAGGAGUAAAGACACUUAGCAAUACAAGUAUGGUAGCAUCAAGGAAUAUUAAAGGAGAAAAAGGCUCACUUCCGGUUGACGGAAAUCGCUCAAAAGCGUCGCUGCUUAAACUCCCCAUUGUAAGCGUGUGCAAGGUAACCUGCCAAUCACUUUUGACCCCUAGGUAAUUUCUAACUGUAGUUUAUAAUUUAGUCUUUUCAAUUUACAAAUUUUAGAAUUGAACCGCGCAAGCCUAAAAUAAAUGUGAAGCUCAAGUAUGAACCUCCAGCCCUGUUGAAUGAAUUCUACGAGCUUCAGCUUGCGAUUGAAAGCUUAGAAGAAACACCAGUGAAAGAUCUUAGGUAAGAUCACCUGUGUACAAUCCCGGGCCGGGUUGUUGAUAAACCAGGGUUAGUGCGAAAUUUCAAUUCAAAUAUGAAAGCUACAAAAAAAAAUUCAGUUUUUUUCUUUUUGUCUAUCAAUUGAUGAUUAGAUGCUCUGAAAAGAAUCUAGAAAAUUAUCCAGGAAAAUGCUUUUGAAAAAAAGGAAAAAAACCCGGGUUGAAAUUUAACCCUGGGUUAGCGCUAAUCGGCCUUCGAACGACCUUCCAAAUACAACGGGACCUAUUCGUCUGGUUCCUCCCCGUAUACUUAAUUCCUCUUGUACUGGGCCCUGGACUAAAGUCCCUGGUACAGUGAUGCAAUAUUCGUUGUUAUCUUUAAUUUUGGGGUGCCCUUAAAACACAGUGGAAAACCCCUUGCAGUUCGUCCUCUCUCCACUCUCUAAAAAGUUGAAUCUCGGCAAAAAUUCUGGAUACAAACGUCCAACGUUGUUUUUGGGGUGGGGGGAGGGGUUGGGCAUGUGUGAUUAAAAGAAAGCCCCAGAAAUGAAAAUUUGUCCCAAGAAUUUUGUCCACAAUAAGAUUGUAGACUAACAGUGAAAAUGUAGAGCAGUAAGACGUUUCCUCUUUUGCUAUGAUUUUCUUUAUUCUCACAGGGUUUAAAAUAACGGCCAAGUUGACCAGUUCUCCGGACAAACGUUCGGUUUGCCGGUCAUUUUGACUGGACAAAUAAGUGACCAGAAAAAAAUACAUUUUUAUACCAUUACAUUUCAAGAGGACAAGCAUCUUUUUUUCACUUAAUGUUUUGCUCUCUAGGCUAAUACGUUCAAUUUGGUACCGUGCUAAACGUUUUGACCGGUCAGAGGAGAGACGUGACCGAGCUAAAAUUUCUUUGGUCGGUCAACGCGACCGGCGCCAGUCAAAAUUACUUUGAGCCUUGUUCUCAUUACCUACAUACUCGAACAAUUAGUGGUACGGUAAGGAGAAUUUAGAUGAUGGUAACCUUCAGGAUUUAAUUAAUAAAAGAUGUUUUGAAAUUAGGGUCUGGUUGGGAUUCCAGGAUGAGCAGGAGUCUACGGAAAAAAGUAAGUACUGUUGUAAAUUAUGCUGGUUGCUUCAUCUGUUGCAACCACCUGGCCAUUUGGAUUUACCUGAAACCAAAAAUUAGAUAUCCCUCACCCUUGUUUAACAUUGGGAAAUUGAAUUGGGAACUUUCGCCGUAAAAACGUGGGUACAAUCAAAUUGGGGUUUUAAUUGAAGCGUACUUUUUUUAGCUUUGGGAUACAACCGUUUCAUAUCCCUACCAGCCUGAAGGGCAACCUCGUUGCAAGGGUCCUCUCCUACUCGGCCCCCGAAGCAAGAGAGAGGUGUGGGGCGAGAAAGAGAGGACCCUGGGAACGAGGGUGUCUCAAGGGACGAUUCACGAGAGGGAAAACGCGCGAAACGGCCCUUAUGCAUGGUGAGGAACAAUGAGACGGAGCUGUAAUCGUAGGCCAGCAUGCUAUGGUCAUUCUGUGUUUUCUACAUCGUGAAAGCUAUGCGUGCACAACAUGCCCUAAGUGUGAUGAACCGAACAGUAGAACAACAACGUUGUUUAGAUAUCGUCAAUGACAAGGAUAUCUAAAAACUGCCAAUACGUUUUCUUUUCCUUUUGGAAAAGAAGUUUUUUUCAGGAAAUUAGUUUUCCGCGAUAGCAGUUGCCAGUUGUGUAGUUCAGAUCUUUCAUUUCAGGGCAUGUCGCUUGGUGGUCUCCCUCACAACCAUUGUUGUCUCGUCACGCAAUACUCCUCCCCUGUGUGACGAGACAAAAAUGGAUUCGAAGGAGACAAGUUGCUUGGCUCUUAGUAUUAAUCAGUCUUCUUUUGUUCUUAGCCGCCGUUAUCUGCUCUAAGGCACCUACAGCUGAUCAACCAGUCGGACAAAAGCAAAGCUUUAUUGAAUUUACAGUUGAAGAAGUGAACGAGAAGGUGCUCAGUUUGGAUUGUGUUUGAUUGAGAAAUUAGUUACUAUUUGUUAAUCGAACAUACGCAAACUCGCGUGGCUUUUGUUUGGUUUCGCGAACAUGCAACAAAUUCCCAGCUGAUGGAGGAUUGUUGAAAAGUAAAAGCCAUUUUGCAGCUGUGGGCUUAUUGUCCUAGCCUUUGAGUGAAUGUGAGGUUGAGGUUGACCUUGUUUUGAUAAGAACCUGCAUCCUUUUCUAAUGGAAAUAAUGCUUGAGAAAUUUUAGUUAGUGUAACAACAACAUGAUGUGCAUAAGAAAGUAGGAAGGGUUGUAUCAAAACAAGGUCAACUCCAGCCUUGUUUCCACCUGAAACUGUAAAAUGGGCCAUUGUUUGCCCAUAAUUGGGCUGCCGAUUGGGCAUUCGAACGGUGUGUUUUUUUUUUACCUUUGUUUGUUCUUUAAAGCAGAAAAUCGACAAGUCCAUGUUUUAGUCUUUUCAUCUAUUGGCUCAUAAAACAAAUAAAAAACACUUAGGGAAACCAUGUUUCAAGGUCAAACGUAAAUCGCUUUGGUGGAGCAGCGUGUCAACAGUAGAAAGGGACAAACCUCCCAUACUACAAUAAGUUUAAUCAUAAGAACGAAACCUGCUACACCUGAUUCAGUAGAUACGCCUAUCGCAUAUGAUAUUAGUCUUCUCUCGUGAUUAGAGUUCCAGGAAACUAGCGCAGAACGUAACGUAGGGGACGACGGGAAGGAGGCAGGUCUUCUUCCUCCUUCCCAUCCCUCCCCACGCGCGUCGCUUUUCCGCCGCCGAGAAAAUUUACAGUUAUGAGUGACAGUUAAUAGAGAGCUUUAGAUUUUAAGACGAGAACGACUACGAGAACCAGAUUUUCUCAAUACUAAGUGGUGCGUGCGCGUGAACCAACGUCAUUUUAGCGGGAAAACGUGGUAGCCGCCGUCUUUUCACUACGAGUUUUAGCGAGAAUGUCGCAGUGUCGUAAACAAGUUCUUAAAUGUUAGAAGUUUAACCAUUUGCGAUCAGGAGAGGGCUUAACCUUUUUCAAUAAAAAUAGCCGUGCAAACUUUUCUGGUGAAAAAAAGUACAAUGAAGAUUUCCGGUUUUUUUAAAAAUACGCGAAAAAACUAAGUUGAAUCAAUCUCGUCCUCGAAUCUAUAGGUCUCUAUUAUUUAGUGAUGAGCUAAUCAGUGUUAUAACUAUUUAUUGACUUAAUUUUUUUAGAUUUUGAAUUCCUAUUUCUUCAAAUGCUCUCAAGUUGGUUCACGGACUGUUAUAGCGAAGGCAAGUUUUGUUUAUCAUAACUGAUGCCGUUCGCCAGAAACGAUACAAGACUUACUUGAAUUAAAGGCUAUCCUUCUAGCCUGCGUAGCAGGCGCUUGGAAGUAAUGGAUGCAAGAAAGAACGGCGCGCGCGAGGGAGGUGCGCAAGGGAGACACGCGAAGGGAGACUGCAGACUGCAGACUGCAGACUGCAGAUGGUUGCCGGAAAGUAGAACUUGUUUUACUCAGGGCUUGGCACACAAAGGCAGUCAAAGGAAAGUCUGGAAAAAGUUCCAGUUGAAAUACGGUUUCGCUGUCCAGAUUAUAAACGAGAUUUAAUUUCUCAUUGGACGAUAUUGAUCUUUCAGAGCUAUUAUACUCUUUACCAAAAUUCCAAAAAAGCGUAAUACUUUAUACCCAAUUUUAAGCAUAAAAAUACUGUAUACCUGAAAUUAAAUACCCUACAGUAUACUGUAUACCCAAAAACUCUGGCCCACCCUGUAGUAUUUAAACGGGUGAUGUCGCAGUUCUGACUAAGCCUAAUAAGAUUGGUUUGGAAAACAAUAAACAAGCAAAUUAAACGGUGAAAUGAAAUGUUAAGCAUACCACUUUUCCGUACGGUUAGUGGCCAAAGGUCCUUUAAUAUAGAGCGACGCCAUUAUAGAAUGAUUGCAACCAGUACUCAAACUAAGCGAAUCAGUGACUUGUUUUAAGCGUCAACUUAGGCGACUUCUGGGCGUUUCCUCUAGUUGAUUAUUUUCGUGUUUUUAGGCUUUUUUGUUUAACCGUGUUUUUAAAAUUAUUACUGUAACAUUAGGGACCUUAAGUAACGAGAACGUCAAUAAAGCGGUAAGUUUCAUUGGCAAAACAACAACUUUGCACGUGCGUCACGCUUUUUUGUACAUUUCUUUGCCGUCCUUGCACGUCUACGACGUGAAACGUCCUAAUUCCACGUUUUAUGGAGGACGGGAACACAAGACAACGCCAUUUUCUUUUUCUUUUGUGAAGUUAGAUAACAUCCUUUAGAAUUCAACUCCUGAAAAAAUCACCAACCUAUGACAAACUAGAAGAGUUAGAAUAAGAGCGAUGAAACUUGAAACAGCGCGAAUCCUACUUUUUCGCCGUUGCCGACGACGUUGCUUAAGGUCCCUAUUGACUCUGAAAAGCCCUGUGGGGAAGAGUCAAUAACAUAUGUAUGUAUGUAAAGUGCGCGUAUACUAGAUCCAAAGAGCUGCGACGUAUGGUGAAUAAUUGAGAUUAAGGGUUUUAAAAAUAGUGGUAAGACUGUUGUGAACUGGCUCCUAGUGGAACACAGGGCGAAAAAAAUUAAGCCACCAAGGUUUUCCCUGACUACUCCUCUCAGUUAAUCGAGGCGCACGUUUACAGCUAUAGUUACUCCAAUCUUAAGUUGUCCUUUACUGUUAAUUUGUAGAUAGUGUAUUCUGUGGAUGUCCCAGUAAAGCCCAACGAUAUUCCUGUGACUUGUACAUGUGUCAAGGUAGGGCCAUAGUUGUUACUCUCUAUCGAACUUUUGUUACUUAUAGGUAAACUCUCUUAAGGUUUUGUACAAGUCUAAAGAGCCCUAAAAACUCGCUGAAAUGCAAGUUGUCUCCUCGCUUCAAUUCCCAAGGGCGUUCAGACCCUUUGGGAUUGGGGCGAGCAGAUGGCUGAUAGUUCAAAAGAAACCUUUACUUUCUAAAACUGCUCCCUUGUCCUCACCAAAUGCUCUCGAUGACUUUAAAUUUAUCGUAAUUUAUGAAAAAAGCACGAUUUUAAAUUUUAGUUGUCUUACCGAUUUGUCUUCAUAUAGGAAGACAGUGUUGUUAUCAAGACAGUUAUGCCGUUUGAAUUCUCCCUUUCCUUGACAAGCCUAAAGGUAACUAUACGCUCAGACUCUCGCAAAUACAAUUCUGCCUUUGAGGGUAGAACGCUUUAGAAACGGAAAAAAUUGUUAUCUUUUUUAGCUGGAAAGACUAGACCAAGUGUUUGAAGACGAACCGUUUCUCCUAUUAGCUGCAAUUAAAUGCACGUCACCAUGGCCUGUUACUAUGGUUACUAGUACUCUCAAUAUGGUAAGUAAUGUCGUCAGUCAACAAUCAAUUUCGUUUUAAGAGAGGGUAAAUACAGAACAGCAAAAGCUAUGAAACCAGUGGCCCUUCACUAACCUACCCCAAAACACAAAAAUAACAAAAUUUUUGACAGUAACACUUCAAAAGUAUCAAUAUCAGAAUAAGAAUUAACAAAACAAGUUUUCAAAGCUGUCUUAAAAGAUAAAGUACUGCUUUUCCUUCUAAUAUCAUCAGGCAAACUGUCCCAGAAACUUUAAUAUGCUACUGACACUAAAAUACCUUCCCCUCUCGGCGAUGAGUCGAGACUUUGGGCACCCCAAGUUUCUCGUCUCUCUAACGCAGUGAUGUAUCCAGUGGGAGGGUCCGGGAGGUCCGUAUCCCCUUCCCCUAUCAGACGCUUGUUUGAGACUGAAAUUCUUACAUCGGCAGGAUCGUAUAUCACUUUUUAAGUGGCUAAUUUUUUAAUGAAACGCUCGUUGCAUUUUGUUAAUCCACUAAAUAUUUUUGUUUUGGGUACCCUCCUUUGAUCUGUUCGCCUCUGCUUGCAAAGUACGCAAAGCAGUAUUUCCCGCGCCAGUGGUGACCUGCGUUCACAUAUUGAGAAAACACGUGGUCGUCUCUGUGAGAAGUAAUUUGCCACAAAAAAAGUUCAAUAGUCCUUUCUGAACGAAAGUUUCGACCCCAUCCCCCCCGCGAAAUAAGAAUUCCUGGAUGCGCCCCUGUAACGUGCACACAUUUGUUUGUAAUUAAGAGAUUAGCUCACUGCCGAUUAAGUUACUGUCUUGCAUGGCCAAGGCCGUUACACGUAACCGUUGUCCUUAGUGGAUGUUACGAGCAAUAGGGAAUAUAACCGUAGCUUAUAGCUUGCUUGUUUGAUUCUUUGUCUUUCCAGUCCCCAGAGGUGGCUAUAGUUGGUGAAGAAAUGGGAUCUCAUUUACAAGGGAGUAAGUCUUUCUUUUAUGUUAUCAUUUUUUGUUUUUUUGUCUGUUUGUGUGUUUGGUUUUUAGGUUUGGGAGGUCUUAGUUGUCACUGGGACUUUCAAACAAAAGCGUUCGUGGAGCCAUUUAUUUUAUACGUCCCGCUGUUUUUGUUGCCACCAUUUGUAGCUCAAAGAACUUCGUCUUUAUAAUUUUCUUCUUUAUCUUGUAAACAUUUCCUUGACUCUUUUUUCGAGACCUCAAUUUUUACAAAGCAGAAUACCGUGUAAUCAUUUUCAAAACUGCUAGUCUCUCGUAGAGUUGACUACUGUUUUGAAGAUUUCUUCCAAUUAAGGAGUUUUCAAGUCGCCCAAAACACUUUUUUUCUUACUUGUAAACGACCUCUGCUAAACCUUUUUUGAGGUCUUUACUUGCUCAAUUCAAACACUUUCAAAAAUCCUCGCCAUGUUACCCAUGAAUUCAUUCAUAUGUACUCGGCUGAUAGAUCAUAGGCAACGACCAAUCAAAAUGCGCGUAGAGCGCCAGAGCGUGCGGUGCCUAAGUUUCGCGCCAAUUUUCCGGCCUUUUAUAGCUGCUUGCAGCGCCGUCGCUUCGCGUUUUCCGUCGCCUUCAUUCAACUAGAAAAUUUGUUGAGCUCAAAGUCAAAGAAGAGUUUUUCCCGUGAAAAAGUGAACAAGAGUCCGGGAAUUGGAUUAUAAUAGCUCUGCUUGUUAAUUUCCUCGUCAAAAGAAAAACAUUGUAGCGAGCCUUGGAAAUUAUGGAGCCGUAAGUUGUACCUUUAAAAUUAGGAGCCGUCGUCUAUCUGUCAAACCGGUGCCAUUUUCAGUUACUCAAAAUUGUCAAACUUACUUGUAGUUUCUUUAUCACCUUCUAUCCUUACACUCAUAAUGAUUUUACUGUUGGUUUUUCAAAGUUCACAUCAUUUUUCUUUUCAUUUUACGAUGUGUGAAAAGUUCAAAACGAAAGGUUAUGACAGAGCGAUGAAUGUCUCACUACAGUCUCAGUGCGUAAGCUUAUUAUAACAAGCUUAAGCUUAAACACGGCUUUCGCUACCUUUAGGAGCUUUAGAACAACAGUCUUAAUACUUGCACAAAAUAUGGAAUUAAAUAAUUAGACGACAAAAGGUCUGACGUAAAAUACCACGUGGAAAGUGCUUUGUACGGUACUUUAAUACCAGAAGCAGGGGUUAUAUGCUUCUGUUAAUACGCAAUCGUUGUUUGUGUGUCAAUCCAAGUUUAUAGUUUCAAAAUAGCUGCACUAAGAUUGAUUUACCUUUAUAAAGCCCCAAUACCUACAUGCGAAUUCUCCAGACUGAUCAGUAAUAAUAAGAAAUAGGGAGCUUAGGCAACGACGACGGCGACGGAAAGGAGAACGGCAAAAAAGCAAUAGGUUUAUAUUAGCAAAACAACAACUUUGCACGUGCAUCACGCUUUUUUGUACAUUUCUUAGCCGUCGUUGCACGACUGCGACAAGAAACUUCCUAAUUUCACCGUCCGUUUGGUUAACACAACACAAAAAUGUUCUUUUUAUUUUUAUAAACUUAGAUACCGUUCUCCGUAUUCAACCCCAGAAAUUUCGCCAACAUUUGACAGAUUAAAUGAAGUUGAAUAAGAUCGAAUGGUGAUCGAUAGAUGAUGGAUGUAUUAAAGUGCUGUUCUCUCUGCUCAACAUAAUACAUUAUGCGUAGUCUUAAUAUUUUUACUUUUAUAUUGUAUGCGUAAUUCCAAUUAUAAAUUGUGUCCCAAAUUAGUAAGGGGGUUUUCCCAAGCUAUACGGCUCCGACACAUUAAUAAGGUUUUCUAUCUAUCUAUCUAUCUAUCUAUCUAUCUAUCUAUCUAUCUAUCUAUCUAUCUAUCUAUCUAUCUAUCUAUCUAUCUAUCUAUCUAUCUAUCUAUCUAUCUAUCUAUCUAUCUAUCUGUCUGUCUGUCUGUCUGUCUGUCUGUCUGUCUGUCUGUCUGUCUGUCUGUCUGUCUGUCUGUCUGUCUGUCUGUCUGUCUGUCUGUCUGUCCAUCUAUCUAUCGAUGACUUUUGAAACAGUGCGAAAUCUUUUUGAGUGACAUUUUCGGUUUGUUGGCAUCAAGAAAUUUUGCUACCAUGGCCAUGUGACGUAAUGACUUCUCUCUAUUUCUCUUUCACAGUCUCCUUGCAGCAAGGUGAAAGUGCUUCGGAGUGUUACUGUUUGUCUGUAAGGGAGGGAGUCAACAGAUUGAAGGUUGUAAAUAUUGGAAGCCUUGCUCUUCAAUGGAGAAGGUAAGUGAAGCCUGGUAUAUGAUUAUAACGUAACUUCCGCUUUUAAGCCAUGGGCCUCUUUCUCGAAAGUCCUGGAAACGUUUCGGGUCCGGAAAGCUGUUUUUUGUUUGUUGUUUUUGUAUUCAAGAUCAAAGUUUAAAUAGUUUUGAAAAUAGUACAAUGAAGCUGGCAGUUAAUGAAGCAAAUAUGACUGUUUUGUGGGCUAGGAACUGUGCUACUGUUCAACAGGUUUUGGUUCUAAAAUUUGCAUUCGGGCCCGAAAAGUUGCCGGGUCUUUCAAGAAACGAGCCCCAAGGCUUAUUCAACUUCGUAAGUGGUUUUAGGAGGGCUUAUAAAUGGGGGGGGAGGGCUUACAACCGGACUGAAAAAGUGUUUCAAAAAAGACUACAUAGCAGUGCUGAUGAAAAUACUUUUGGAAUAUUCUUGCUUUUUCAAGCUUCAAUACAUCGUAAAAUAUUGAAUUCAUAUCAUUACAAGCUAGAGGGGGCUUAUAUCUGGCGGGGGCGGGGGGGGGGCCUUAUAACUGGAUGACUGUAUUUUUGGUUUACAGGUAGAUAGGCCUAUAACCCGGGGGGCUAUAUUUUGAAAUUAUAUCCUGCGGGGAAUUAUGUCGAAAUAGCUCGAACUCCUUAGCUGGCGAAAGUGCAAGAUUGUUACCUAUUGCUUCUGUGCAUCUUGAUUUUUUUUUUUUAACAGAACUUCUGCAGAUGAGAAGUUUCCAGUUGUAGUCACAGAGCUCACUUUUCCUUCUGUUGCAGUGGAAAGUGUUCCUUUUGCUAUUCAAACAGGUGAGACAGUAAACUGUUAUAUUCUACAGAAGCGAAAGCUAGAUUCUUGCUCAAAAAAUGUGAUCUACAAUCGUGGAGAAAAGUUCUUGGGACGGUUUGCAAAUGGUUUAUACAGUAGUUACCUGUAAUUUUGAGGAUGUUUUUUUCACAGAUGCUUUGCAGUUCUCCCUCCCCACCCUGUACACUGUUAAAAGGCCGGAAUCGUGGAUACACGGAUUCAACCAUGUAUGUCGGGUGGAGGGAGGGGAUGGGCAUGUGCAGUUUUGAAAAAUCGCCACAAAUGCAAAUAUGUCCCAAGACUUUAGGUAACAAGUUUUGGAAAACUUCGUAGCCUUUCCCCCUGUUAUAGCUGUCUGUGUUAAGAUGAAAGGGCGUUGAAAAUCUUAUGAGAAGGUUCUCUUGUAGAAGUCUAAGCGCGAGAAGUGAAGUGCACCGGCAUGGAAGCUGAGAGAAUUCUUUUCUAAUCCCUUUUCUGGGUGAAAACUGUUCGCACGAAAGCUAGCGUGCAAUCCUGGUCGCAGGCUACCAUGAACCCUGCCACAAUUCAUCCUUCAGUAAUCCACACGUGCUUACUUACUACUUAAGCAGGAAUGUUGUCCAUACCAUAGACUUUGCUGUUGGAAGUAUGUUUAAUGGCCUUAAAGAUCUUCAUUUACCGUCACCCGUCUUUUACGCGGACAGGUGAUGGCUUACACUCAAAAGUGUCCUUUUUGCGUUGUUUCCGCAUCAGAGCUCUUUCCUGUUGGUUACGCUAUCUCAAAGGCUAAAUGAUUUUGUCGUUUCAGAUUUGCCGGCAUAUGGCUGUGUUCAGACCCCUUUGUGUGUAAGUUACCUUGUUCGCAAUCGAACACUUCAAGUCCAAGAAGUGGAGGUAACUGUAGAGCCGAGCGACGCGUUUAUGUAUUCUGGACAUAAACAGGUUAGUUCGGGUGUAUUUCUGUCUGGGUUAAGCUACAAGCAAGCUAGAGCAGUUAGCUGUUUUUAUGCAGGCCGUAAAUAUGUUCACAUGCAUCACCAGGUCAUUGUUGCGUCGAAAUGCACUGUGGGACUAUUUUUAAGGACGGAAAGCGACUAAGUUUCUUGCGCAAAUUCAUAAUUGCAAAUGAAAGAAGUAAUAGCGUGCCAUUGUGCCAUUAGACCCGAUCUAAAGUUCAACCUCAAAACUUCUAUUAUGCAGUCAAUGCAUUAUAGCAGUAAACAGGUGCGUAUUGCUUACUUUAAUUAAUUGAAUUUAAAGAAAACCGGUAGUCCAAACGUCGGAUAGUUCUAUCCACUGGAUAAAUCUUUUUCCAGCGACUAGUAUAAGGGAAACCAAUUGCGUUACACACUGGAUGAAAAUUUACCCGGUGGAAGGCGCAAUCCACCUUUUGAACAACUGGGCGCAGGUCGUUACCCGAAAGUCUCAAGAUCCAAAACUGAUAAUUAUUCAACUUACCCGGGUUCUGUCACUUUUGGUAUAUUACUGGAGAUAACUUUUUCUUGCUCCUUCGAAGUUAACUCUUUAUUAAUGUUUUUCUUUGUUAGAUUCAGUUUCGACUGCUGCCCUCUGGUGAUCACAGGCUCAAAUUUAGUCUGUAUCCUCUUUCUCCUGGCUAUUUAACCCUUCCCAAACUGCACUUCAAUCUGCCUCGAUUCCAGGUCAGUUGGGACGAGCAUGCGCAGAAAAUGGUUCCAACUAAUGUUUUUGUCAAGGUGAGGAACUCUUUCUUGCUAGCAUUUAAUUUACCCGUCAAAUGA